AUGGAUAACAAAAAGAAGAAACAUCUGAACGCAGUUUUUGUUGGCCUAAACAAUUCUGGUAGAUCCACUUUCCUCACUCAAUUACUAUGUAGAUGUGGUGGAAUUGAUAAACGAACGAUGAUGAAAUUGGAACGAGAUGCAUUACAACUCGGAAUGACUUCAUUGAAAUAUUCUUGGAUUCUCGAACAAUUAAAUCGAAUGCGGGAACGAAGUAUCAACAUUCAAAUUGAAUUGAAUCGAUUUGCAACAAAGAACUAUUUUGUUUCGAUCAAUGAAGAGCGUUCUACUGAAAGUUUCCUUCGACGAAUAAUUCUUUCUCAAACCGAUUGCGUUGUUCUCAUAAUUUCCGCUCUGGAAAACAAAAAUCAAAUUCAUGAAUAUGUUCAGAUCUGUUCUGCAUUUGGUAUCGAACAAUUGGUCAUCUUAGUUAACAAAAUGGACCAAACUGAACCUUCUUUCUCUCAAAUUCGUUUUGAUGAGCUGAAGGCAUUGUCUAAUCAAAUACCAAUUAUUCCGAUUUCAUCACGAUUCGGUGAUAAUAUUGUGGAAGAAUCAACAAAUAUGCCGUGGUUUCAAGGCUGGUCGAUGAACGAUCAACAAGGGAAAACAUUUCUUGAAAUUCUUGAUGCGAUGACAUGUUUGGAAGAUUUGUCAAAUGAGGCAUUUCGAAUGCUGAUUGAAAAUGUUUAUAAAAUCAGUGGAAUUGGAACGGUUCUUCUGGGAAAAAUUCAAAGUGGAAUGAUUCGAACAAAUAUGAAAAUCCAAAUAAAUCCAUUGAAUUUAAUUGAAGAAAUCAAAUUGAUUGAAGUCAAUGAUGAAACUAUUCAAGAAGCUUAUGCUGGUUCGUAUGUUUCUUUUAGCGUUCGAUCGAUGGACAAGAAACGUAUUCGACGAGGUAUGAUUUGUUCGAAUGUAACAAAUGAUUUAUCUGGGCAAAUUUCAAGUUUUACAGCGAAAAUUUUUUUCUUGAAGGAUUCUUCUUGUAUUAGUGAAGGAAGUCAGCUGAUAGUUUAUUGUCAUACAUCUCGUAUUUCAUGUCAAAUUAUUGAAAUCAAAUCAAAUGAAUGUACUUUGGUUAAAUUAGUACCGUUAGAAGUAACUCAUGUGGAGAAAUUCACUGAUUUUCCAUCAUUAAGUCGAAUCUGGAUUGGUACUUUAACUUUAAGCAGCGCUUGCCUUAAAUCUGUGCGUGUACUGGAUCUUUUAGUGUACAUAUCUGAUAAUUCAGGUAUACUGCUCGCGUCGCUGUUGUUUUAUUCAAACCAUCGGUUACCGGCGUUCAUCAACAUAGGUGCGAAUUUAACUAAUGACGGUUUUUCAUGGUGCCAUCUUUCAUUAAAUUCAAACUCGAAAGUCACGGAAAAUUAG